AGUAAAGUGAUAUCUCCCCCUUAAAAAAAAAAAAAGUGUUCUCUAUCGAAUAUCGAGAAAAAAUAUAGAAAAGAAAAGAUAUCCUUCGCAAUGAAAAGCAGUGCACACCCAAAAAAUUAUGCAAAGCAUUCGCGAGAUUUAUAAAAAAAACAUAGCACGAACGAAAAAAAAUGUCUAUAGGUCGUAAACGGUUUCGAACGUAGACGGUGGGAGGGGCCAUUGCCUUUAUUUUUUUAGUUAUUUAAUUUAAUUUGUUGUUGUUGGUGUCCUUUCUGUUACAUACUUCUGCUUAAGUUUGUGGGUUCUUGAAAUUUCAUCACAUCUUUUCAAAACCUUUCCUAGUGUUUUCAACUUAGCAAGAAUUAUUUAUCACGAGGAUAAUGCAUUUGGUGAUAACAAAAAUAAUGAAAAAGAAAAGAAAAAAUAGUUUCGUCGUCCUUUCCACUACACAAAACCUAACCUAAAAGCCACUAUCUACCCUCUUUCUAAUAAAAAAAAAAAAAAUAAAGGCGAUAUGUAAUGUAGAAGGGUACUAAAAAUAAAUAGCAUACUUUUUAGAACCAACUAAAAAAAAUAAGAAGAAAAACUUUUAACUUUCUAUACAAUAAUUAUAAGUUAAUGGCAUUAACCAACGACUACACUAGCAAUAAAUAAGGAUUCAAGUACCAAAACAUUAAACAACAACAACACAAACCAAAAUUCUAUUACCAAAAAAAAUACCACAAAAAAAGUAGAAGCAUCAACAGAAGCAUCAAGGAGUAGCAGUAGCAAGAAGAUCAAAGGGGAUACCAAACCAAGAUAAAGCACACACACUUUUUUAUGGUUUUUGUUGUUGUAUAUUAAAUAGAAAGGAACAAACAAAAAAAAAAAAAAGUAAAAAGGACGAUACGCAAGAAGAAACGAAGGAUUUUCAUCAAAAUUCACACCCGAGAGAAGAAAAAGAAAAACAAGCAGCAAGCAAGAUGGUGACGACAAUGUUGUUGGUUAAAAUGUGGAAGCUAAUAUUUCCAAUAACAUUGGUACUGGUUGUAAUAAGUUUGUGUGUAGUACCACACCCAGCUGCUGCGGGCUUACGCCUAACAAAUGGUGGUGGGGCUGGCAAGCCUAUGGGCGUGAAUAAGGAACAACUUAAUAUUGGUCUUAUAGCACCGCAUACAAAUUUUGGUAAACGCGAAUAUUUAAGAGCUAUAAAUACUGCGGUACAGGGUUUGACUAAAACACGUGGUGCAAAGUUAACAUUUUUAAAGGACUAUAUGUUUGAGCCGAGGAAUAUUCAUUUUGAUAUGAUGUCAUUGACCCCAAGUCCAACAGCAAUUUUGAGUACUCUGUGCAAAGAAUUUCUACACGUAAACGUAUCAGCAAUUCUCUACAUGAUGAACAAUGAACAAUUCGGUCAUAGUACAGCAUCAGCUCAAUACUUCCUCCAAUUGGCCGGUUACUUAGGUAUUCCAGUUAUAUCAUGGAAUGCCGAUAACUCUGGCCUUGAGCGACGUGCCUCCCAAUCGACACUUCAACUUCAGCUAGCUCCAAGCAUAGAACACCAAAGUGCGGCCAUGUUGAGCAUUCUCGAACGAUACAAGUGGCAUCAAUUCUCGGUGGUAACCUCUCAAAUAGCCGGACAUGAUGAUUUUGUCCAAGCUGUGCGAGAACGUGUCGCCGAGAUGCAGGAACAUUUCAAAUUCACAAUUCUAAAUUCGAUUGUUGUUACUCGGACUAGUGACCUUGUGGAGUUGGUCAAUAGCGAAGCCAGAGUAAUGCUCCUCUAUGCCACUCAAGGUGAAGCCAUCAAUAUCCUUAGACAGGCUGAAGAGUUGAAGUUAACGGGAGAGAAUUAUGUAUGGGUGGUGAGUCAGUCUGUAAUUGAAAAGAAAGAUGCACAUCCUCAAUUUCCGGUGGGGAUGUUGGGAGUGCAUUUUGACACUAGCAGUGGAGCCUUGAUGAAUGAGAUUUCUAAUGCGAUUAAGAUCUAUGGGUAUGGAGUGGAAGCAUACUUGACAGAUCCGGCAAAUGCUGGAAGAAAGUUGACAACACAAUCACUUUCAUGUGACGAUGAGGGUCGUGGACGAUGGGACAAUGGAGAAAUAUUUUUUAGGUAUCUACGAAACGUAUCGAUUGAGGGUGACCUAAAUAAGCCAAAUAUUGAGUUCACUGCCGAUGGUGAUCUAAAGUCUGCCGAAUUGAAAAUUAUGAACCUCCGUCCAAGUGCGAAUAAUAAGAAUUUAGUUUGGGAAGAGAUUGGUGUAUGGAAAUCAUGGGAAACACAAAAACUCGACAUCCGAGACAUAGCAUGGCCAGGCAAUUCGCACGCCCCACCACAGGGUGUACCCGAGAAAUUUCAUCUAAAAAUAACAUUUCUCGAAGAAGCGCCUUACAUCAAUCUCUCUCCCGCCGACCCGGUUAGUGGCAAAUGCCUAAUGGACAGAGGUGUCCUCUGUCGUGUUGCAGCCGAUCAUGAAAUGGCUGCCGACGUAGAUAUCGGCCAAGCACAUCGUAAUGAAUCUUUCUAUCAAUGUUGCAGUGGUUUUUGUAUUGAUUUGCUGGAGAAAUUCGCCGAAGAAUUAGGUUUCACUUAUGAAUUAGUACGCGUUGAAGAUGGCAAAUGGGGUACAUUGGAGAAUGGCAAAUGGAAUGGUUUAAUUGCUGAACUUGUCAAUCGGAAGACAGAUAUGGUUUUAACAUCAUUGAUGAUUAACACUGAACGAGAGGCUGUCGUUGAUUUUAGUGAGCCAUUUAUGGAAACGGGUAUUGCAAUUGUGGUGGCAAAGAGGACUGGGAUUAUAUCACCGACAGCAUUUUUGGAGCCUUUCGAUACUGCUUCAUGGAUGUUGGUUGGAAUAGUCGCUAUUCAUGCGGCAACUUUUAUGAUAUUUCUAUUCGAAUGGCUAUCGCCAAGUGGAUUCGAUAUGAAAUUGUCACUGCAAACUGGUUCAGUGAUUCCCUAUAGAUUUUCCCUAUUUCGAACUUAUUGGUUAGUCUGGGCUGUGUUAUUUCAAGCAGCUGUCCAUGUGGAUUCCCCCAGAGGUUUUACAUCACGUUUUAUGACCAAUGUUUGGGCCUUAUUUGCUGUAGUAUUUUUGGCUAUCUAUACUGCCAAUUUGGCUGCCUUCAUGAUAACCAGAGAGGAAUUUCACGAAUUCAGUGGAUUGAAUGAUACAAGAUUGACCCAUCCAUUUUCUCAUAAACCUUCUUUUAAAUUUGGUACUAUUCCUUAUAGUCAUACCGAUUCAACCAUCCAUAAGUAUUUUAAGGAUAUGCAUCAUUAUCUUAAAGACUUCAAUAAGACGAGUGUUGCUGAAGGUGUUGCAUCAGUCUUGAACGGAGGCUUGGACUGCUUUGUUUACGACGGAACUGUUCUAGACUAUUUGGUAGCUCAGGAUGAAGAUUGUCGUCUGUUGACAGUUGGAAGUUGGUACGCCAUGACAGGUUAUGGUCUUGCCUUUAGUCGAAAUUCCAAAUAUGUUCAAAUGUUCAAUAAACGAUUAUUAGAAUUUCGUGCAAAUGGUGAUUUAGAACGUUUGCGACGCUAUUGGAUGACUGGUAGCUGUAGACCUGGUAAACAGGAACACAAAUCAUCAGAUCCUUUAGCUCUAGAGCAGUUCUUAUCAGCUUUUCUACUUCUAAUGGCUGGUAUAUUAUUGGCCGCCUUACUAUUACUCUUAGAACACAUGUACUUUAAGUAUUUCCGUAAGCGUUUAGCGAAGUCAGAUCGAGGUGGUUGUUGUGCGCUGAUAUCAUUGUCAAUGGGUAAAUCGUUGACAUUCCGGGGAGCAGUUUAUGAAGCAACGGAAAUAAUUAAAAAACAUCGUUGUAAUGAUCCCAUAUGUGAUACACAUUUGUGGAAAGUUAAACAUGAAUUGGAUAUGGCUAGAUUGAGAAUAAGGCAAUUGGAGAAGGCCAUGGAUAAGCAUGGUAUUAAACCACCACAGUUAAAACUGGCAUCAUCGUCAGAUUUACUUAAUCAUCAUAUGAAAGAACGUCCGCCACUGUUGGGAAAUUUAAGUUUAGGAGGCAGUGCACAAGAUUUAUACAGGUGGUCUUAUAAAACGGAAAUUGCUGAAAUGGAAACAGUCCUUUAAGAUAUUAGCAUCCGGAUCCUAGUUCAAUUUUCAAAAGAAAACAUUUGUUAACAUGUAAGUAAAAAAAAAGAGAAAUAUAUAUAUAUAUUUAAAUAGCAAUAAGUUAACAAAAAAAAAAUGCAACA